CGUAGGAUUUAGUAGUAAAGCGUUAGAACUGAUAGCGGAUUUAUACACGAAUCUGAAGUAUCUCAAUCUAUGCGAUGAUCGGUCAGGUGGCUUUAGGGGCUUUCGUGCUCGAGAGAUAGAUGAUGAAUGUCUAACUGCAAUCGCAGAUUCAUGUCAUAAAUUAGAAUAUCUAAAUAUUUCUAAUCGCACAGAGUUUUCUGAAAUAGCGAUUUGUAAUGUUAUUCGUUCUUGUCCAAGACUCCAACGACUUAAUCUUAGCUAUUGUAAAAUUACUGAUAUAACUAUCGAAGAAAUUGCUAAACCAAUUCUUAAUUUAAAAUAUCUAAAUCUGAAAGGGUGUUUUAAAAUUAGCAAAGAAGUCAUAGAUCAGCUAAAUCCAAAUACCCAUGUCGAGAAUUACCAGGAUCCGAAUGAUAUUUGC